AUGACGUCAGAAAAAGAUAAGAGAUCAACUAUUUUCACUAUCGCUUUUCGAUCAGUUCCUUCCGCUGUUACAUGCAAGAGCAAGAAACUCUAUUUGCGCAUAAAAAAAUCGGUAAAGAGCAAAAUACCCAACCGAACUCUGCUCCGCCAUGUUCGCUCUAAAGUAUCCUCAAAAGACCAGAGUCAAGACGGCCACACAUCGCAGAUCGUCCAAGUCGAAAAGUCCCGCAAUGAGGGAGUUAUCAAAGCUACAAUUCAGUUACUUUGCGAAGCCGGAACCAAUACGUGGCCGGAUUUUUUCAACAACCCCGCCGAGCCAGCCAGACACACUGUCGAUGAAGGUAACGAUACGGAAUGGACAGGCUAUGGUGAGAUAUCAAUGUCGCCGUAUGAUACAGCAUGGGUCGCCAUGAUUCCCAGUCGCAAAUACAAAGCGACUCAACACCCACAAGACUUUGAGCUUGCAUUCCCACAAUGCUUCACAUGGUUAUUACAAGCACAAGACGAAAAUGGCAGUUGGGCUCGGACCGGACCGGGAAGUAUUGCCCCUGCUUUGGCUGCUGUUCUUGCUCUCGGGUCGUUCCGUACCAGAGCGGCAGAGUUCUUUGAGCAAAAGUUGGCUAAUCUUGAUAUUAAUAUGGAACACUUCAAUUCGGUUUACGAAAAGGGGAUAGAAUUUCUCCGUAUUACAUUGAACGGAUGGAAUAUCGAUGAAUUGGACAUGACCGGUUUCGAAAUAGUGAUUCCAUCGCUCCUAUCGGCAUUGGAAAAACUCACGCCUUCGGUCACGUUCGACUUUCCAGAUAAGCCCCGACUAUACAAGGAAAAUCAACGCAAAAUGAACAUUAUCCCUAUUGAAGCCAUUUUUGCAUUAGCAGCAAGACGUCAACCAAUCACGAUCGUCCACUCGCUCGAAUCCUUCACCAACACAUUCGACAUGUCCAGAUGUCAGAACGAGGGAUUCCAAGCCAUCAAUGGCAGUUACGGUUCAUCACCCGCUGCGACUGCUGCCGUAUUAAUAGCUGCACAGGAAUGGGACGAGAAAGCAUACGCGUUUCUGAAAAAGAUUAUCGAUAAUCGUCCAUCGCACGCAAGCAAAUUUGGAUUCGUGCCUACGCUGUGUGAUGUCGGAAUCUUUGAAACAUGCUGGAUAUCGCAUUGCGUCGGAGAAAUGAUCAUGUCAAUGGAAGAUAAUCCAAACACGGAUUUCAGCACCCCCGAUAUGCAAGAACUAACCAGUCGAAAUGCGGCAUUCAUCACAUACAUGAAGGCACUUUUAAAGGAACAAAAGGGCGUUCUUCGAUGGGUAAGCUGGGAUAACCGUAUCCCAGGAGACGUAGAUGAUACCGGUGUGGCUAAUUAUCUCAUAAGACACUUUGAUGCCGAUGCCACGUUCGAUCUAAGCCCUAUAACAAGGACAUUCUGGAACGGACGAUACUUUAUAACGUAUCCGUUAGAGCGUACGUUUUCGGUCAGUGUUAACGUGCAUAUUCUCAACUUUCUCUUGUCUGAAAGAGAAAGAGCCAGAGUCAAGGGGACGCUACCGCUCAUGGUGCCUACUAUCACAAAGACGGGCGUUACAAGGCAAGCCAAUUUGGAUAAUAUAAUCAUCACAGACAUUAAUUGGAUAGCCGCGCAGCGUAAUCAGAAUCACUUUUGGAAAGACAAAUGGAACCGAUCUCCAUGGUAUACCACAAUGAAAUCGAUUCAGGUCCUGCUCUCGCUACACAAGUAUCCGGAAAUGCUCGCUGCAACAUCCUUUAAGAAUCUGGAAACUCUCCACGCAUACUGUCGCAAGUCUAUCGACUGUGCACUAAGCGUUCAGCACGAGGAUGGUACGUGGGGAGAAGCGUCGUCAGACGCACAAGGGAACGUAGAAGAAACAAGCUACGUAGUAAGAAUGUUAAAGGAAGGACUCCGAGUAUGGUCAGAAGAUGAAAAACUCAAAAAAGCAUUAGUAGGAGGACAAGAGUAUUUAUUACGGCAUUUUGACGAGGCUAUGAAUGACAAAGGGUUUUUUCACAACAAGCAGCCGUUUUUGUGGGUAAACAAACAGUUAUAUACAGUACCAAGGAUUCUACGUGCAUCGAUGUUAUCUGCGCUUUGGGAAGAUUAA